GACAUUUGGCCUGAUAGUCAGUUAAGACUUCCUCAUAGUAAUCAGCUCGCUCUUUUAACCAGUUAUGAGGCAUUUUACCGAAGAAUGAUGGAGGUUGAAGGUUUGGAUAUUUUAGUAAUAGCUAUACUAGUAUUGCUAGAUGGCUUCUUAUCAGGGAUAACUCCCCCAAAACCUUUAUGA